CACAAUCCGUCGCCUUGUUACGUGUUGGGAAAAGGACUUCGCAAAAUAGCAGCGAUGUCAGUCCAGGUUUUGGUAGCGAAAAUGGCCGAGGUCGAAUUAAAAGACGUCCCCAGCAAAGAAGUAACACCCGAAUCGCCUCUGACGCCAAAGGCAGAUGACAAAGGGAUAGUUGAAAACGAACCAAAAGCUAUCAUUACUUCGACUACUACCCCAACGAUGGACCCUAUCGUAAAAACAGGGGACCCGAGCCCUGGUUUUCUUACCCCGAACCCUAAGAUGCCGCAGGCGUCCGCGAUGAAACGGACAGAUCCACAACAAAACGGUGGAGAAGCGUUUGUAAAUCGCGACGGUACUGUGGCAGAGGCCCCAAGAUUGAAAAAGAUCCAGUUUGCGGACCAGAAACAGGAGUUCAACAAACGUCCCACCAAGAUCGGCCGCCGCUCUCUGUCCCGAUCCAUCUCCCAGUCCUCCACAGACAGCUAUGGCUCAGCUGCGUCGUACACGGACAGCUCUGACGAUGAGACCUCUCCUCGGGACAAGCAGCAGAAGAACUCCAAGGGCAACGGAGACUUCUGCAUCAAGAACAUCAAGCAGGCCGACUUCGGACGCAGGGAGAUCGAGAUCGCUGAGCAAGAGAUGCCAGCCCUCAUGGCCCUGAGGAAGAGAGCCCAGGGAGAGAAGCCUCUGGCUGGAGCCAAAGUGGUGGGCUGCACCCACAUCACAGCUCAGACAGCCGUGUUGAUGGAGACUCUGUCUGCCCUGGGGGCUCAGUGCAGGUGGGCUGCCUGUAACAUCUACUCCACUCAGAAUGAGGUGGCAGCUGCUCUGGCUGAGGGAGGGUUCUCUGUGUUUGCGUGGAAGGGCGAGUCAGAGGAUGACUUCUGGUGGUGCAUCGAUCGCUGUGUCAACCUGGAGGGCUGGCAGCCUAACAUGAUCUUAGAUGACGGCGGAGACCUGACCCACUGGAUCUAUAAGAAAUACCCCAACAUGUUCAAGAAGAUCAAGGGCAUCGUGGAGGAGAGCGUCACUGGAGUACACAGGUUGUACCAGCUGUCCAAGGCGGGGAAGCUGUGUGUCCCGGCCAUGAAUGUCAACGACUCUGUGACCAAGCAGAAGUUUGACAACCUCUACUGCUGCAGGGAGUCUAUCCUGGACGGUCUGAAGAGGACCACUGAUGUAAUGUUUGGGGGAAAGCAGGUGGUGGUGUGUGGAUAUGGAGAGGUGGGGAAGGGCUGCUGUGCUGCUCUCAAGGCCAUGGGCUCCAUCGUGUACGUCACAGAGAUCGACCCUAUCUGUGCCUUGCAGGCCUGCAUGGAUGGCUUCAGACUGGUGAAGCUGAAUGAAGUCAUCAGACAAGUGGACAUUGUCAUCACCUGCACAGGAAAUAAGAACGUGGUGGUGAGAGAAUACUUGGACCGUAUGAAGAACGGCUGUAUCGUCUGUAACAUGGGACACUCAAACACCGAGAUUGAUGUGGCGAGCCUGCGGACCCCGGAGCUGACCUGGGAGAGAGUGAGGUCACAGGUGGACCAUGUCAUCUGGCCUGACGGCAAGAGGAUAGUGCUGCUGGCUGAGGGUCGUCUUCUGAACCUGAGCUGCUCUACAGUCCCCACCUUUGUCCUGUCCAUCACCGCCACCACCCAGGCGCUGGCUCUGAUAGAGCUGUAUAAUGCCCCAGAGGGACGUUACAAACAGGAUGUCUACCUGCUGCCCAAGAAGAUGGAUGAGUAUGUGGCCAGCCUUCACCUCCCUACGUUCGAUGCCCACCUCACAGAGCUGAGUGAUGAGCAGGCCAAGUACCUGGGCUUGAACAAGAACGGGCCCUUCAAGCCAAACUACUACAGGUAUUAAACCAACUCUGAAAUGAAGAAAA